CUUUGCCCAAAAUAAAUACCAAACACACCCUACUAAACCUUGAAAGAGAAGUGUUUUGAUUCUUUACCUUAUUUACUUCAUUUCUUCUCUUCUAAUUCACAUAAAAGAAAAAAAAAACAAAGUGACAGCUUACCUCACUCCCUCUUUGUCUCUCAUCUUCUUUUUCAAUUCUCUCUGCUUCAUGAUUUCCUCAACACACACUUCUUUAAUGGCAGUGAUCAAGCACAGAAAACUCUUCCCAGCUGCACCAGUUUCCACAAACCAAACUGACUGUCCAGAAUUUUGUGGCCCAGAUUGUGCAUAUGGCUGCUACCCUUAUGCAGAUUUCUACAUCCCACCACCCCCACCAUUUUCUGCAAUUGAUCAAAAUGACCAAAACCACCAUAUCUCACCAUAUGUGGUGCUCUUAGUGUCUUUGCUAGCCAGUCUUUUGCUCCUUAUUGGCUACUAUGUUAUUGUGGUAAAGUCUUACACAAGUUUGUGUAGUUACAGAAGCAAUGGAUCCUCUCUCUCUCAAUCUGGCAGCACAGAUGAGGAGUUUCUUGCAGAGAACCAAGUAGACCAUCCGGUGUGGCUCAUCUCCACCGUUGGAUUGCAACAGUCGAUCAUAAAUUCAAUCACAGUUUGUAAGUACAAGAAAGAUGAGGGCUUGAUUGAAGGAGCCGAGUGUUCGGUUUGUUUGACUGAGUUUCAGGAAGAUGAGACUCUCAGGCUGCUGCCCAAGUGCAGCCAUGCUUUUCAUGUCUCUUGUAUUGAUACUUGGUUGAGGUCUCACACGAAUUGCCCGCUGUGCCGAGCUAAUAUUCUGAGGCCUCCUAAUUUGGCUUCUGUGGACACGAAUGAAGAGACCCAAGUGGAAAAUUCUGAGAGUGAAAUUGCAUUGGGUGUGGAUAAUCAACGGGGAUAUGAUGAGGUUUGUGAAAGCAGAGCUGAAACAGAGGAUGAAGGUGAAGAAGAACACCAAGUUCGUUUUGAAAAUGCAUCAAAGGAGGCAACAAAUUCUAAUGGGAAUUCCAUUCUUGAACUUAUAAGGAGGUCCUGGUCUUUUGAUUCUUCCUUGGCUGCAAACAUGUUAGUCAUCAAAUUGAAGAAUGCUGAGAAAUUGCAUUCGGAUGUUGCUCGAAAGCGAUAUUCUUCAAUUGGUCAGUCUCUACAUUUAAGCCCUGUUUUGAUGAAGAGGUCUUUGAGACGUAAGUGGAGCAUGAUUUCUGUUCUUCCCCAGUAAAGGUUGUGACGUUUGUUUGAGUGUUCAAGGUGAGAUGAUUGUACUAUAAAAUAGAAAUUUCUCAUGUGCUCUCAAUAAGCUGAGGGUGCUUAAGUUCUGUUUCUGUGGCACGCAAAAUGACACAUGAUUUGAAAUUAUGAGUUGUGAGGAAAAGAGAUUUCAGCCUUUUAUUACUGCAUAUGCAGCAUUCAAUUGAUGUCUGCAUAACAAUGCUACAUGCAUACAUAUACAUACCAAACUUAUUGUACACUAAUCUAUAACAGGCAUGUUGGCAUGUUGACUUAGCCAUAUAAUAUUGAAGAUGCUCUCC